GCGGAGUAGAGGUACCUGUAGAGCCUCAUUACUGUGUGUAGAUGGACCUCCACAACCAUGUGGCCAUAGUAACAAGAUAUUAAAAUCAAGCACCCCACACACCCAUCUUCCUCUAAAUUCUGAACUGUCGCCUUGCUCCUCUGAUGGCACAAUGGAGUUAAAACUCUUGUCGCAACCAGAGGAGCAACACCGUGCACGCUACCAAACUGAAGGAUCCAGGGGUGCUGUUAAAGACAGAGCAGGAAUUGGUCAUCCAACAGUUAAGUUGAUUGGCUAUAAUAAAUCUACAGUGGUGCAAGUUUUUGUUGGGUGUGAUUCAGAGAAGAUAGGACCACACAUGUUCUACCAAGUUUGUCGAGUCAGUGGCAAAAACUCAACACCAUGUAAAGAACGGAGACUUGAUGGCACUGCCUUGAUUGAGGCUUCUCUCAACCCUGAAACAGACAUGACCAUGAGCUGUGACUGUGUAGGCAUCUUAAAAGAGCGCAAUGUGGAUGUGGAGCACAGGUUCAAGGCAGCAGUAUCACGAGGUCGCAAGAAAAGCACAAAGUGUCGACUAGUAUUCCGCACAUUUGUCACUCUUUCAGAUGGUACCAGAGAGACCCUGCAGGUUGUCUCACAGCCCAUUGCUUGUACUCAGCCACCAGGGGUACCAGAAAUCUGUCGCAAAUCUUUGUCAAAAUGCUCUGUGACGGGGGGAGAGGAAAUGUUCAUCUUCGGCAAAAACUUCCUAAAAGAUACAUUGGUCAUCUUCCAACAAAAUGGCACCAAGUCACAACCAAUAUGGGAGGAGAAAGUUGCACCGGACAAGGAGACUCUCCAGUCUAUUCACUUAAUUGUGAUGGUUCCCAAGUAUUACGAUCAAUCAAUAACAGAGGAGGUGACAGUGGAUGUUAUGGUGUCAUCUGGUGGCAAAACUUCAGAAUCUCACAGCCUGACAUAUGUGCCGCUCGUGAUCAAGAAGGAAGACAGAAAGCAAAUUGGGUUGGAGAAGGAAAAUAGAAGGCAGACCUUUGUGGCAAAUGCAGAACUGCCACUUGCUAAUAAACAAGAAAAACGUCUGCCAAAAGGAGUUUCACCCUGUGCCUUGCAAUUGAAUCGUCACUACGCAGAAACAGGGACACUACUAGGGCACCUACCAGAGGUCACAGAUUCAUCUGCCACCCCUACCACCAGUACCACCACUCCAGUAUUUACGUCUACAGCAGCGGCAGCACCACUACUAGAAUCUCCUUUGUCAAAUUCAACGCUGAAAAAGAGAGCUUCCAUCCGUGCACCACGGUCUGCAUUACGUUCAUCCAAGACAUUGCUACCUAGCCAGUCCACUACAUCAUCAUGGUCAAGGAUGAGUAAUGCAUCAGCUUCGUCAGUGAGUGAUGCUCAUAAUGAGGGCACAGGAAAGAGACAAGAGAAGCAAGGAAAUGCUCAAGGCAUACAAGGCACAGUGAGUCUUGAGAGUUUGGUAGAAAUACUGAAAGUAAUUCAGAAAUUCCCAGCUGGCUCCAAUAUACAUACGUCAGUUUUGCAGUUAGCAGAAGAAUUGGUUAAAUCCAUGAAAAAGAACAUUUCCUCACCAUGUAAAAUAGAAAUAGGAGGACUGAUGGAUAAGCAAGAUGUGGUUCAACCUAUGUUUCCUGAGAGAGUGGUCAGUAAUGUUCCAGCUUCAAAUAUACCAUCUGGGUCUUAUAAUACCAAGACUCAAGAUUUGGUCCCUCACACUAUUUCUCUGCACUCUCAAACUCAGCCCCACGAAACAUUCACAGAUGGUAACCACUCCAACAAUGUGGUUUUGCCUGUAGCUACAACAGUCAGUUUAUUUCCAUUUACAUUUGUAUCUGCGAUGCCCUCUACAGUAUCUGCUGGAUCUAGAGUAGCACGAGUAGCCCCAGUGGUACCAGUUGCUCCAACGACUACAGUUUCGUCUCCAGAAUUAACUCGUACAGUCAGUGUGUGUGUUGAUCCUGCAGAUAUCUUGGAGGGACCAUCAUUGAAGAAACAUUGUGGUAAUGCACUCCCCAUGGACUACCAGUUACUAAGGAGUAACCACUUUGGGUCAGAACCAGUUCUGUCUAGCAGCAUUUCUGACACAGUUGUGACACAAACCCCUGUCAGUACUUCCUUUAACACUGUUGCACCUAUGCUGCCACCAAAAGUUGUCAGUAACCAGCAUAGCUCUGAUCAUACAUCUGCUGUGGAUACUGAAAGUUGUAGACUUGAUAUUUCUACAUCAAGGAUUAUUAAUUCCCAGCACUUAACUGAAACCUCAGUUGAUGCUCCUGUAUACCAGCCAAUUAGUCAACCAGUAAUACAUAACAUUGGGCAAGAUACAACCCAUGUGGCACAGUCCCUAAGAACAAACCAGCCAGUUACACAAACAGUACCACACACAAACCUGGUCACAACACAUCAAACAAGCCAGACUAUCAGUCAUACAUCAACUCAAGGUAAUAUUAUUGAUCAGCACACUAAUCAGCAAACUAUGACUGUUCAGUCGACCCUACCAGCAACUGACUCUGAUCCAUUGCUUUCUCAGUCAGCAGGACUUUGUCCUUUACUGGCAAAUGUUGCAGUGACUACUACAAGUCAAGCAAUUUUGCCUUCAUCAUCUAUGACAACAUCAGCCUUGACCCGUUCUGACCCACUUUUGUCUCAGUCUAGCCCGGUUGCUCCCAUACACAUAGAAGCUAACACGUCAGCUUCCAUUGUCAGAAAUGAGCCAGGAAAUGCUAGGUCUAGAGGAGAUCCACUUAUGGUGCCCAACCCUACAGUCUCUCAAGUUUCCAUGCAAAAUGAAGUGACUUCUGCUAUCAACCUCUCUGAGUCAGAGCUUCUGAAUUACUUUGAUCCAAAUUGUUUUGAUAAUGUGUGAAGCUAGGGCUAAUGUAUCAAGAUGGUUACAGUACACUUCAAAGAAGAGCUUGAUGGACGUCUUCAAAAUUUCUGGAUGUUUGACAGACGGCAAGUUUGAGCACACCUGUUUUGCACAAGACUUAACUGUGCUGGAAAUAUCAGUAAUGGUAUUAUUUGUACCACAUUAGGUGUGACAAGUACAUCAACUCUCUUAAGACAAUAGUAAAUGUUUACUUUUAUUUUUGAUAGGUGUCCUUUGUAGGAUUAAAUUGUGGUUGUCCUUAAUAGUUUUAUUGUGGAGUAAAGAUUGAAGUUCCAUUAAGAAAAUCUUUCACCGCUUUGUAUUUUUAUUGCAUACAUAUUGUGUUCAGUGUUAGCUGACUAUUCUUUUAUCUUUUUAUUCUAUAUAUUUUAUCAAUGCCUUGAAAAAUUAAUGGCCAUGAGAAUUAUACACCUGGCAAAAAUUGUAAAAUUAUUUUAUUUUGGCAAUAUUUAGCCAAUAAUGCUGCUGGGAAAGUGGAAAUCCAUAUUAGCAAUGUAAAUAGGAAAUAAUUGUAUCAGUAGUCUUGCAUGAGCUGAGGAAUAUAAAUGUAGAGUUUCACUAUCAUUAAAAUUAAAAAAUACAAAGGGGUAGCUUUUUGUGACAGUUAUAUGAAGUGUUGCCAGACUUUGCCUUGUGUAUAUGACUGUCUUGUGAUGUGGCCUAGAUUGAACACAAGAAGGUCUUUCAUAGAAGUUUUUCUUCAUUAGUGAAUUUAUUGUUUAAAGCCCAGUUAGAGAUGCUGUACUGUAAUUUAAUGUACAUAUAUAAAGGUUAAAAGAUGCCGAGGCCAGGUAGAAUGUAGGUUGGAGGUGCCACAUGCUAUGAAUAUGUUGCACAGUCUUUUUUCAUAUGGUUAAGAGUUCAAUAUUUAUUGUUUUAAGCCUUUAUAAAUGAUAGUCUACUGCUCAAAAAACAGCUUGAUGUUUUUGUCAUGGAACACAGCUAUACAACAGCACACAUCAGUUUAUUAAAAAAGAUGAAAUUUUUAGAAGUACCUAUAUGGUAAACAAAGAGUAAAGAAAAUGUGCUUCAUGUUUUAGCCCUAAAUUAUAGAUGUGUACAGUAUAAUGUGAAUUUUCAUUAAAUUUAAUAAUGGCAUGCAUCAUAUCUUUGGCAUUUUAUGUAAUAAACUCUUCAGGCCAGAACUUAUAUGCACUUAUGAAAGUGUUUUUAUUAGUUUAUCUUCAUAUAUGGAUGAAUUUUUUUGGUGCCAAGAGGCUGUAUCUUGUACAGUAUUUACAAACUGUUCUAUGUGCAAUAACCCCCUCCCUGUCCAAAACUCCUGAAAUUAAAUGCAUUUCUACCUGCAGGAUGCAGUAUUUUAUGGUUGAUGUAGAACUCAAGUUUAUUUUCUUGUAAGACACUGUAUGCAGAGCAAACCUCUAUUUUAAAUAAAAUUAUUCACAAUAUCAUAAUUUUAGGACUGCCAUGCCUGGGUUGACUCUUGCUCCUUAAGUUAAAAGUAAUGUUUUGCUUGGUGAUGAGCUUUGUCAAGUCUUUAAACACAGGUUUGCUCAGCAUAUAAUGUCUUCUUACUUAAUUUGUUGACAGUCCUCCCAUUCCCAAAAAAGUUUAUAUUAACAUAAUAUUCUUAUUCUGCUAGAGAAUUAAAUUUACAUAUGAAAGUCUGUUUUGCAAAUUUUUAUAAAGUUUAUCAUUUUAUGCACAAAAAUAUAUUUUUUUCACUACCUUAAGUUUAUUAUAGUUUUAAUUUUGCUCAGUAUUAAACUAUUAAUUUUAAUUGACAAACAAUGCAAUUGCUCAUUGGUGCACUUGUCAUUAAUGUGGAUAAAUUCUAAGUUUGUUUUUGUAUACUGAAAUGUUUUAUAUCAGCUUGUGGUGAAAUAGAACAUAUCCUGUAUCAGUACAUAAAUUAAUUUUAUUGAUCAGAUGUAAUAUGUCUCUUACUGUGAUUAUGGUUGAUAUAUUUGACAUAAGCUUAAACUUGAGCCAUGCCAUAAAUAAGUCUGUCUUAAAAGACUAAGAAUCUUAUUCUUGUACAGAUCAAACAAAAAUCUCUUGUGUAUGCUGUAGAAUGAGAUGACAUUUCAUUGUAGUAUUGAGAUCCUAAAGAAGCAAUGGAUAUCAACAAGGAGCUACUGGUAUUCAUGGAAGUGAGUAUUGAUUGACCUAUGGUUCAGCCAGAACUUGAGCCACACUGAAUGGUUGCUGGUCAUAAUGAUUUUAGAAAUUAUAUUAGUCUUAAGACAUUCUUAUUGGGCAGUACAAAUGAAUGUGUGUGCAUUUUUAAUAUUGAAAGUAUAUGUUGACAGUUACAGAUUGUGCUGGAUAUUGAAUAGCCAGGCAAAAGUGAAUUUCACUAAAUGUAUCAAACCCAAUCUUAGAGAUGUAUGUAAAUUUUAAAUCUGUAAUAUAAUGUAAAAAGUGUGUCAUUUUGGUUAUAGGACAGAUUUUGUGCUUUAGCUGAUACAGGAUCACAUUUUAAAUGUGAAAUAACUAAUUUGUAAGGUGAAUCAUUUAAAUCAAAUUUCAUGUAGACUGACAAAUCAAGUUUUCCUGUUGCAUGGGAAAAAAUGUUAUAAACAAUAUUCUCCAUUUCCCAAAAACCAGUUAAGUGGAAGUUAUGAGAACAGCAAUAUUUUUUAUUUGCAUAGUGGUUUUAGAACACAUGACAUACAGGAAAUACACAUGUCCCUUAUUUUAUGAAUGUUCUUUGCAAAUUCUUAAAGGUUAUACACAUGACAACAUUGUUACCAAAACUAAGAAAAAAGUCUUGAAACCUUAAAAUUCAAAUACGCAAAAAACUUAAUCUUAAGAUUUGAUGGAAUUAUUUUACUUCUGAAAAUUUUCAUAAGUUUAUCUAAAUUUCUUUAUAUAUGGACAAGCUAUUGUCAGUGUAUGUGUGUGUUUUACAUAUACACUAAGAUAAAUAAAUAUGCACACAGAUGAGUUACAGGGAUAUCAGGAAGUAUUUCUUCAGUCUUGGGGUGGUUGGAAAGUGGAAUGAUCUUGAAGUGGUGGAGGCAGGCUCGAUACAUGGCUUUAAGAGCAGUUACGAUCAGGCUCUUGAGGCUAGGAGAGAGAAUCUGGCGAGUUGAGAGGUGGGGCCAGGAACUUGGACUCUACCCCUGCAGCCACAUAUAGAUGAGUACAUACACAUGCCCAUGCAAAUACAUGAACAUACACUAAGAUAUAUAUAUAUAUAUCUUCUUUCUACAAACUGGCCACAUCCCACCGAAGCAGGGUGGCCCAAAAAGAAAAACUAAAGUUUCUCUUUCUAACUUUAGUAAUGUAUACAGGAAAAGGGGUUACUAGCCUCUUGCUCCCGGCAUGUUAGUUGCCUCUUACGACACAGAGCUUACGGAAGAAUUCCGUUCCACUAAUCCAUGGAAGUGUAUUUUUUUUUUCAACACUUUGGCUGUCUCCCACCAAGGCAGGGUGACCCAAAAAAGAAAGAAACACUUUCACCAUCAUUCACAUAAUCAGUGUUUGCAGAGGCACGCAGAUACAACAGUUUAAAUAUCACUUCAAACAGCAAAGAUGCAAUAAGGUCACAGUAAACAUAUAGUUUUGGAGUGGUUGGAGCAAUUAUUUAAUAAAUGUAUGGAAGAGGGUAAGGUACCUAGGGAUUGGCAGAGAGCAUGCAUAGUUCCUUUGUAUAAAGGCAAAGGGGAUAAAAGAGAGUGCAAAAAUUAUAGGGGGAUGAGUCUGCUGAGUAUACCUGGUAAAGUGUAUGGUAGAGUUAUUAUUGAAAGAAUUAAGAGUAAGACGGAGAAUAGGAUAGCAGAUGAACAAGGAGGCUUUAGGAAAGGUGGGGGGGGUGUGGGGACCAGGUGUUUACAGUGAAACCUAUAAGUGAACAGUAUUUAGAUAAGGCUAAAGAGGUCUUUGUGGCAUUUAUGGAUUUGGAAAAGGCGUAUGACAGGGUGGAUGGGGGGGCAAUGUGGCAGAUGUUGCAAGUGUAUGGUGUAGGAGGUAGGUUACUGAAAGCAGUGAAGAGUUUUUACGAGGAUAGUGAGGCUCAAGUUAGAGUAUGUAGGAAAGAGGGAAAUUUUUUCCCGGUAAAAGUAGGCCUUAGACAGGGAUGUGUGAUGUCACCGUGGUUGUUUAAUAUAUUUAUAGAUGGGGUUGUAAGAGAAGUAAAUGCGAGGGUCUUGGCAAGAGGCGUGGAGUUAAAAGAUAAAGAAUCACACACAAAGUGGGAGUUGUCACAGCUGCUCUUUGCUGAUGACACUGUGCUCUUGGGAGAUUCUGAAGAGAAGUUGCAGAGAUUGGUGGAUGAAUUUGGUAGGGUGUGCAAAAGAAGAAAAUUAAAGGUGAAUACAGGAAAGAGUAAGGUUAUGAGGAUAACAAAAAGAUUAGGUGAUGAAAGAUUGAAUAUCAGAUUGGAGGGAGAGAGUAUGGAGGAGGUGAACGUAUUCAGAUAUUUGGGAGUGGACGUGUCAGCGGAUGGGACUGUGAAAGAUGAGGUGAAUCAUAGAAUUGAUGAGGGAAAAAAAGUGAGUGGUGCACUUAGGAGUCUGUGGAGACAAAGAACUUUGUCCUUGGAGGCAAAGAGGGAAAUGUAUGAGAGUGUAGUUUUACCAAUGCUCUUAUAUGGGUGUGAAGCGUGGGUGAUGAAUGUUGCAGCGAGGAGAAGGCUGGAGGCAGUGGAGAUGUCAUGUCUGGGGGCAAUGUGUGGUGUGAAUAUUAUGCAGAGAAUUCGUAGUUUGGAAGUUAGGAGGAGGUGCGGGAUUACCAAAACUGUUGUCCACAGGGCUGAGGAAGGGUUGUUGAGGUGGUUCGGACAUGUAGAGAGAAUGGAGCGAAACAGAACGACUUCAAGAGUGUAUCAGUCUGUAGUGGAAGGAAGGCGGGGUAGGGGUCGGCCUAGGAAGGGUUGGAGAGAGGGGGUGAAGGAGGUUUUGUGUGCGAGGGGCUUGGACUUCCAGCAGGCAUGCGUGAGCGUGUUUGAUAGGAGUGAAUGGAGACAAAUGGUUUUUAAUACUUGACGUGCUGUUGGAGUGUGAGCAAAGUAACAUUUAUGAAGGGGUUCAGGGAAACCAGCAGGCCGGACUUGAGUCCUGGAGAUGGGAAGUACAGUGCCUGCACUCUGAAGGAGGGGUGUUAAUGUUGCAGUUUAAAAACUGUAGUGUAAAGCACCUUUCUGGCAAGACAGUGAUGGAGUGAAUGAUGGUGAAAGUUUUUCUUUUUCGGGCCACCCUGCCUUGGUGGGAAUCGGUCAGUGUGAUAAUAAAAUAAAAACAU